AUGAGCUCGGAGCCGGAGGUCGUCCACAGCGGCGGGUGCCACUGCCGGCGCGUGCGGUGGCAGGUGGAGGCGCCGGCGAGCGUGGUGGCGUGGGUCUGCAACUGCUCCGACUGCUCCAUGCGGGGGAACACCCACUUCGUCGUGCCCAAGGACAAGUUCGCGCUCCAGCCCGGCGCCGGCGACUUCCUCACCACCUACACCUUCGGCACCCACACGGCCAAGCACACCUUCUGCAAGGUGUGCGGGAUCACCUCCUUCUACAUCCCGAGGUCCAACCCCGACGGCGUCGCCAUCACCGCGGCCUGCGUCGACCCCGGCACCCUGGCGCACGUCGAGUACAGGAAGGCGGACGGGAGGAACUGGGAGAAGUGGAUCGAGGGGAGCGGCAUCUCCGAGUUCUCCAAGCCUAAGGCCGCCGAAAUUCUGCAUUGCGCUUAA